CUGACAGCAUACGGUGGUCCAUUGGAUUGUGAUUACUGCUUGACCGCCAAUCCCGAUUUUCAAUUGAACACAAAUGCUUCGAACAUCGUGGAUUUUUCACAAGUGGAGGACAAACUUUCUCGUAGACUGUUUGAUUGCCGUCGUCGUUUGUCACGUUGACACUUGAGUUGGUGGCAAAGCACAAAGAGACAAGUGAAGCUGCACUUGCAACAGACAACUAACUAUCCUUCUUCUGGUGUUGAAUAGAGCAUAAAUAGAGACCCCUUUUGUUCAAACCUGUACUAUAAGUCUGUUUGUCAAAGCAUUUCCAUCGAGCUCCUGAACAAACACUGCGAUAUAUGCAACACGUCCAACAUCCAGACGCCGUGGCUUCAUGUCAAUAACCAAACAACAAAGAUGAGACAGCACCAUGCCGUCCUCUGACUUUACCUCUUAAAUUACAUACUGCAAUAGCUAUAAUAAUAAUAGAGCUCCCAAGAGAAAACUCAUGUUCAGAGCUCUUCCAAACGCUCCUCGGCCGCCGUCUCCGGAGGGCGCAAUGCGGGGCGGCCCGGAGAGGUCGCCAGACCUACCACAAGUUAGCCGAUCAACGGAGCUCAGCAGCAGUAAAUUAACUGAUUUUAUGUACCUGUAGCAAUUGACCAGAUACAACCAAGUCCAAUCCAUUCUCUCAAGGUGCUUUCCACUGGCUAGCUUCGGUUUACCCCUCCGAGUACUCACCGAACCUCCGGAGCUCUCGUUCAAAACACGGCAACCAAAGCUUACUUGAACCCCUUGGAAACUAACUCAACACAACCUCAGCUCUGAGACUCCAAUUUGAUCAUUCUCCUUACUCUAGGUACGUCGAUAAUCACAAUUUUCAGCCUUUUCCUGCCAUGUCAUUUUCUCCCAUUGCGCGCAGAGCUUCACGCUUUAUCACCUCUUCCAUCCGGACAAUCCCCCGCCAGCAUAUCGUAGCGUCAGCCAAGUUCACACGUUCAACCAGACACCAAUCGACAAUGUCUUCCGACCAGCAGAUCGUUUUCACCAAGGACGCCCCUGCGGCCCUUGGCCCUUACUCUCAAGCCAUCAAGACCCCCAACAUGAUCUACUGCUCUGGCCAGAUUCCUCUUACGCCCGAGGGUGAGAUGGUCCAAGGUAUCACCGAGCAGACCCGCCAGGCCUGCAAGAAUGUCCAGGCUGUUGUCGAGGCGGCAGGCUCGUCUAUUUCCAAGGUGGUCAAGACUACAGUCUUCAUCUCUGACAUGUCCUACUUUGCUGAAAUCAACACCGAGUAUGAGAAGUGGUUUUCGCACAAGCCUGCCCGCAGCUGUGUGGCUGUCAAGACUCUUCCCAAGAACGUUGAUGUGGAGAUCGAGGUCAUUGCUCUUCCAUAGAGGCAAAAUCUAAGCAAAGCCAAGGCCCGCGACAAAAUAGAACUUGAUGAAAACAAUUCUGCAUUACUUCGGAAUCCGUGAGAAUUGUGAGUCUUUGGGGAUAAAGUGGUCCUAUUGCCACAAAACCAUCAAAACAGUCUCCGUAGAGGGACGGUGCUGCCGAAUUUUGACGGAUAUUAAAGCGAAGAAAGUUUAUUGCUAGCCACUUGACUUGCAUCAGAGAUACGUACCAUGAGAAAUGAUCAUUAUAGGUAGCUUGGUAUUACUGAGGUUGGAAGUUCUGGAGCAAACAGACGGUGCGUCUUGUGAGGCCUCGUAAAUGCCUGAGUUGUUGGAUAAGUAGUAAGUUAAGAUCUACCUUACGGGGGGUAAGGAUCGAGAAGUACAUCAAGGCUUUACAAAGAGACUUCCUUCUGAGUACACAAGGUACAUAAAGUACUGCAAACGCCCGAUAUAAAUCAAAGCCAGUGGUGUCUGUGGGAGGUAUGAAGUUUGUAGACCAAUGGCAAGUUACCAUGUAAUCUGCCCGCUUUCUAGCAGCAGUAUAUAUUGUUAUUCAAACUAUCUAAGUGCUCCAUACCACAACUCUGCCAUCGACGCCGCUUGCUACAAUCUGUG